AAAAAAAGAAAAAGAAAAACAUAGAACAUGUAAGCAAAAAAAUAGUGUUAAAUGUAUAAUUCGUUCGCAUUCCUCGCUGAUUGCGAUACGAAAGUAGUGAUAAUGCAUCGAGAUAUGCAUAAUAGGUAUGUAAUAAGACUCGGGGCCCGAGGCAAUCUCUUGCGUCGAUCAGCCGAUGACAAAAAGGCACGUGUUUUCAGCGUAAUAAUAUGUUGCUGCGAGUAAUGCGGCUAUAAAUAUUCGUGUCUAAUGUUUCUAUUCCGAAAACGUAAGAAGCCGAGUCUAUUUUAACGGAUUGGAGCGAGUUCCGGAAUCGACGGUACUCGUCCCGUUGACUCUACAAACGGUAGACGGUACAGACGCCGGCGGCGAAUCGUUGCUUUGGCGAAAGUCGAUCUGCGAUCUCGAUCACAUGAGCUCGCGUCUCCGUAGAGUCCAUAGUACAAUUUUCUCCGCGCUGUCCUUUAACCUCUCGGUCCACGUGCAUCUUUAAUUCGCAAUGUCGAAUGUUCGAACAUUGGUGUUACCAGUUUUGGCUGCGGUAGGAACAAUAGUUGUUAUAGGAGUAGCAUUUAAAAUAUAUAAAUCCUGGAAUGAAAAGAAGAAAAAAUCUGCACAAAUACUAUUGGUUGAUCCAGUAGUUAAGUAUAGUCUACCUCUAAUUCAAAAAGACAUAAUAAGUCACGAUACAAGGAAAUUUAGAUUUGGAUUACCUACACCAAAUCAUGUCCUGGGUCUGCCAAUUGGUCAACAUGUACAUUUAACAGCAAAAAUUGGAGAAGAGGUUGUAAUACGUUCAUAUACACCUGUAUCAAGUAAUGAUAAUCGGGGCUACGUUGAUCUGGUUAUCAAGGUAUACUUCAAAAAUGUGCAUCCAAAAUUCCCUGAAGGAGGAAAAAUGUCUCAAUAUUUGGAAAAUAUGAACAUAGGGGAUACCAUUGAUUUUAGAGGUCCAUCUGGUAGACUGGUUUACAAAGGACAAGGAAAGGUCACUAUAAAGCUUCUUAGGAAGGAACCAGCUGUAGAAUAUAAUGUUAAAAAGAUAGUUAUGCUCGCUGGUGGUACGGGCAUUACGCCAAUGCUGCAACUAAUUCGUGCAAUAAUAAAAGAUCCUAUGGACGAAACUCAAACUUCUUUGCUGUUCGCCAAUCAAACAGAAAAAGAUAUCUUGUUACGAAACGAAUUAGAUGAAAUUGCCAAGAAGUACCCGAAUAAAUUGAAACUUUGGUAUACAUUAGAUUCAAGUAACGAUAAAUGGCCUUACAGUACAGGAUAUAUAAGCACUGAUAUGAUAGAAAAGCAUAUGUUUCCACCGUCACCUGACACUAUCGUACUUAUGUGCGGGCCACCUCCAAUGAUCAAUUUCGCUUGUACUCCGAACCUUGAUAAACUUGGCUACGAUACUAAAUUACGGUUCGCAUAUUAAUCGAUUGAUCAUUAAAAUUGUAUAGUUUGCAUUAUCUGAUGGAAAUUUAUAGAUUUUUUUUUUUAGUAUUCUUCAAGUCAAGUUAAAGAUCUGUUUUUUUGUUAAUUGAAUGUAUAAUCCGCUUUAAUGAAGAAUUUCAAAUAAUGUGGUUAUACUUCAAUCAGAGAGAUUCGUAUUGGAAGAUUGAAACUUAUUCAUAAAGACACUUCCAAUAGAGUAUUGAUGACUAUUAUAUAAGCAUAUAGUCGUAAAACUUAUAAUAAUCAAUGAAAUGCAUGCACUAGUAGCUGUACUAGUAACCAUACUAGCAGCAUAGUGUGAUCACUUUCCAUGUAGUAUAAGAAUAUCAAUCUAUAAAACAUAUUUAAAAGGCAUGCCAGUCUUAUUCUUUUUUGCUUUUUUUUUUGUU